AUGCCUAUAUCUGUUAUUAAAAUGGAUCCAUCAAAAUAUCCUAUUAUUAGAAGGGAUGAUACUGUAAUUGAUGAUUACCAUGGUACAAAAGUGAAAGAUCCUUAUCGUUAUCUUGAGGAUCCUGAUUUUCAGGAAACAAAAGAUUUUGUUGAAACGUGCAAUAAAAUUACAGAACCAUUUUUGAAUAAUUGUCCUGUUCGUAAAGAAAUUAAUAACAAAUUAUCUGAAUUAUGGAAUUUUGAAAAAUUUGGUUGUUAUGCAAAACAUGGUGAUUAUUAUUAUCAUUUUCACAAUACUGGUCUUCAAAAUCAAAGUGUUUUAUAUCGUCAAAAAACAUUAGAUGGUGAAAUUGAAAUAUUUUUUGAUCCUAAUUCUUUGUCUAAUGAUGGUACUACUGCUAUAAGACAAUAUAAAUGGACAAAAGAUGGAGAGAUUCUUGCUGUAGGAUUAUCAGAAAAGGGAAGUGAUUGGGUAACUAUUAAAUUUCUUCAAUCUAAUGGAAAAUGGUUAGAUGAUUGUAUAACUGGUGUCAAACAUAGUUCUAUUACAUGGAUGCCUAACAAUAAAGGUGUUUUUUAUUCAACUUAUCCUGAUCAUAAAAGUGUUGUAGAAGGUACAAAUACUGAAAAACAUCAAUUUCAUUCUCUUUAUUAUCAUAAAAUUGGAGAUAAAAAUGGUGAUAUUUUAGUUGCUGAUUUUAGAUCAGAUCCUAAUCUUAUGUUGUCUGGAUGUAUUGGUCGUGAAGAUAAUUAUCUUAUUGUUGAUGUUUCAAGAGGUUGUGAUCCAACUAAUACAUUAUAUUAUUAUGAUGUUAGUCAAAAUGAUUUUGAAAUAACUAAAAAAAUAGAACUUAAACCAUUAUUUACUAAUAAUGAUGCAAAAUAUGAUGUUGUAUAUGUAAAAGAUGAUGUUGUUUGGGUACAUACUAAUCAUAAUUCACCAAUGUUCAAACUUAUUAAAGUAAAUUUUACUACAGCUAAUGAAGGACCAUCAAAAUGGACAACAGUAAUUCAAGAGGAUACAGGUAAAAAACUUGAUUGGAUUACACCAGUAGACGGUGAUAAAAUAUUUGUUGCUUAUCUUGAAAAUGUUAAAUCAACACUUUAUGUUCAUGAUUUGAAUACAGGAAAAUUAUUAUAUCCAAUUGAACUUCCUAUUGGAACAAUUUCAGGUAUUCAUUGUCGUCCAAAAGAAUCAGAAUUUUUUAUUGCUUUUGAAUCAUUACUUACUCCUACUGCAAUUUAUCAUGGUGAUUUUAAGAACAUCACUAAUAAUUCAUUGGAUAUCAAAGUAAUUCGUGAAACCAAAGUUAAAGGAUAUGAUAAUACAAAAUUUGAAUCAAAUCAAAUUUUCUAUAAUAGUAAAGAUGGUACAAGAAUACCAAUGUUUUUAAUACAUAAAAAAGGAAUUAAGAUGAAUGGUCAAAAUCCAACAAUGUUAUUUGGUUAUGGUGGAUUUAAUGUAGCAAACACUCCAUAUUUUUCUGUUUCUCGUAUAUUAUUUAUGCAAAAUUUUAGUGGAAUUAUUGCUAUUUCUAAUAUUCGUGGAGGUAGUGAAUAUGGUGAAACAUGGCAUGAGCAAGGAAUGAAAUUUAAUAAACAAAAUUGUUUUGAUGAUUUUAUAGCUGCAAGUGAAUUUCUUAUAAAUCAAAAUUAUACUUGUCCUGAUAAACUUAUCAUUCAAGGUGGUUCAAAUGGUGGUUUACUUGUAGGUGUAUGUUCUCAGCAAAGACCUGAUCUUUUUGGUGCUGUUAUCAAUAGAGUUGGUGUUUUAGAUAUGCUUCGUUUCCAAAAAUUUACAAUUGGUGGAGCUUGGAUUCCAGAAUAUGGUUGUUCAGAUGUCAAAGAAGAAUUUGAAUAUAUUUACAAAUAUUCACCACUUCAUAAUUUACGUCUUCCUAAAAAUAAAUUACAAUGGCCAGCAACACUUUUGAUGACUGCAGAUCAUGAUGAUCGUGUUGUUCCAUUGCAUUCAUUAAAAUAUAUUGCUGAAUUGUAUCAUGUUCUUCAAGAUGCUCAUGACUACCAAACUAAUCCAAUUCUCAUUAAAGUUGAAGUUGCUGCUGGACAUGGACAAGGCAAACCAACCGUAAAAUGUAUUGAUGAACUCACGGAUAUCUAUUGUUUUAUUCAAAGAGUUUUAUCAAUUGAAUGGAAAAAUGAAUAA